AUGUCUUACAACUCUUCUCUCCUCGGCCCGAGUCCUAGAGAGGAUCCCAAGGGUGGCAGUUUCUUGGAGGAAAGCAGUGGUGGAGGUGAUGACAGCAGUGUCCUGGGAGGGGACAGCCUGGUCACAGGGCCGCUGGGCGCAGUGCUGCUGCUCCUGUGCCUCACUGGCGUGGUGGGGAACAUCUGCACGGUGGCAGUGGCCUCUGGCAGGGUGGCAGGCUGCUCAGCAGGCUCCUUGGGGGUCUACAUGGUCAGCCUUGCCCUGGCUGGCCUCCUGUACCUGUCCACCAUCCCCUUUGUGGUUUGCACCUGCUUUGCCCACGACUGGUUCUUCGGGGAUGUGGGCUGCAGGCUUCUGCUCGGCCGGGACCUCCUCACCAGGCACGCCAGCGUUUUCCUCCGGAGCGCCAUGAGCCUGGAGAGCUGCUGGGCGGUGGCCAAGCGUGCCACCUCCCGUGCCAGCAGGCUGUGCCUUCCAUCGGUGGUGCUGCAGUGCUUUCCCCUUUGCAUGGCUGCUCACCCUGCUCAGCUGGGCGGGGGGCAGUGCUUGUCUCAGGGAUCCUGGCUCCGUCCUCAGAUCCUGCAGCCCUCACACACCAGCAGCCUCCCCCUUGCACAAGGCUGGGGAGUGGGUGGAAGGGAGCAGUCAGCUUCGAUAUGUCUAAAUUAUACAUCUGGGGAACCUUUGCCACCCCUCAUCUCCCUGCUAGCAACGGGCCAAGCCAUAACAAAGUCAGGACAACAGUGA